UAGCAUGGUGUGGUAUAAACUGUGUUGCAUACCACAAUUUAGUUGUCAAAAUCAAAGCUCAACAAUUGGAAAAAUGGCAGUUAUUCAACAAUUUCGGGUUUAAUUUUCUGUUUCUUAGUUUGUUAAAAAGUGUUUUUUGUCAAAUUAAUUCUGGAAUUUGAUAAACAAGUGUGUGAAUUAUCGUUUCUGUAAUAAAAAGUUGGAGGCAGUGUGUUUAGAUGUGCAAAUAAAGUGCAAUUCUUCAUGUGUUGUGUCCAGUGCAGCGAUGUUUUAAAACCUUCAUUGGUGAACCUGUCGGAAAAUGGAUGAUCGAACGGUUGAUCUGAUAUUCGCUGGCUCGCUGGAGUCUUUGCCUCCGGUUAGUUCGAAAAUCGUUCGCAUUUUCACCAGUUCAACGUUCACAGAUACAACAAUGGAACGUAACACACUCAUGGCUAAGUGUUACCCACGGAUUAAAGACUAUUGCAGGGAAAAACAUGGAUUGGAAUUUCAAGUGGUCGACAUGAGAUGGGGCGUUCGAGACGAGGCCACAGACGAUCACAUGACCACCGAAUUGUGCAUGAAGGAAAUCGAAAAUUGUCAAAGAUUGUCGAUGGGUCCGAAUUUUGUGGUCUUUCUGGGACAGAAGUACGGGUAUCGACCUAUUCCGACGUACAUUUUGUCAUCGGAAUUGCAACUGUUAAGGGAUGAACUGACGGCAUUAGGAAUCGACGGUGUACUGUUGGAUACAUGGUAUAAAAAGGAUAGUAAUGCGGUGCCACCGAUCAGUGUGUUACAGCCAAUCUCUUCCAUUUUAAUCAACUUUAACAAUAAAAGAGUACCGAAACUACAAGCAGAAGACCAAGCCAUUUGGUGGGAUACGUUGAACAAAAUGCAAAAACUUUUACGAAAGUCUGCCGCAUCUUUGCAGGCAGCGAAUAAAUUUGAUAAGGAACUGAUGCACAAUUACUUCAUGUCUGUUACUGAACGGGAAGUUAUAAAUGGAAUUCUGAAUGUUCGAAACACCAAGAACCAUUGCCUGGCUUAUGUACGUUAUAUCAACAACAUUAAUCUGCAGAAUCUGAAGAAAGCGUCUCUGUUCGUUGAUAUUAUCAAUAGAAGUUUGGACACUGAGUCAUCAAAGCUGUUAGCAAACUUGAGAGACGAGCGACUGCCGAAUAAAAUCGAAUCGACAAAUAUGCAAAAAUACACUGUUGAGUGGAUCGGUCGCGAAGGAUUGGAUACCGAAACCCAUGAUGAAUAUUUGAAUCACUUCAUCGCCCAUUUCUACAAAAACAUUGUCAAGCUGGUCGACCGUGCGAUGCGCAAAGAAGACUCCAGUGCGCAAGGUCAAAUUGUGACGGAAAUACUGCAACAUUUGCACGCCUGCAAUAAUUCCGUUAAAGUGUUUUAUGGGCGCGAGGAAAGUUUGAUUCACAUCCAUCAAUAUAUGACGAAUGAAUCGGAGAAGCCGUUGGUACUGUAUGGCGAGGGAGGUUGUGGUAAGACAUCACUGUUAGCUAAAAGUGCAUCGCUAUCGCUGACGGAUUGGUUCAGUCAUGUAAAGCCGAUCAGCAUUGUCCGUUUUUUGGGAACGACACCUGAUUCAAGUGCUCUGACUCCUACACUAAUUUCCAUUUGUCAGCAAAUAUCCUACAAUUUUAUGCUUCCAUUCGAGAACAUUCCCGACGAUCUUGUUCCAUUGACCGCACACUUUAAACAACUCCUAACGUAUGCAUCAGUCAACCAACCUUUGUUCCUUUUCCUGGAUUCGGUUGAUCAAUUGACCGGCGCACAGGAUAAGGUAUCGUGGCUACCGACUAGAAUGCCACCGAAUUGCAAGAUUAUAGUGACAUGCGCGAACGAAGAAGCGAAUCCAACAGUAUCGAGAGAAUAUCACCUGCUGCGUAGAAUGAUAGAUAUUGACGAAAAUUUCGUUGAAGUUACAGCAUUAGGCGAAGAUCUGGCGAUGAAUGUUAUUAAGAUGUGGAUGAAGACGGCUUGCCGUGACUUGAACAACUAUCAAUGGCGACUAGUUUCAAAUGCAAUCGCGAAAUGCUCAUUGCCAAUUUUCGUGAAAUUAGUUUUCGCUGAAAUCUGCCGCUGGAGAAGUUAUACGAGACCGCAAGAAACCCAUUUAGCAUCGACAGUCAUGGACUCCAUCAUGAUGCUAUUCGAGAGAAUCGAGAAACAGCAUGGUCGCAUUUUGGUAUUCCACGCAUUGGCCUACAUAACUGCAGCCAAGUCCGGUCUAUCCGAAAGUGAACUGGAAGAUCUGAUAUCACUUGACGACAAAGUGCUAGACGAUGUCUACCAAUACCAUUUACCGCCGGUUCGUCGAAUACCGCCACUGCUGUGGACACGUAUACGAAACGAUUUGCCCAACUAUUUGAGCGAACGUGAAGCGGAUGGUGUCAACGUUAUGAACUGGUACCAUCGACAAUUCCGCGACACGGCACGUGAACGAUACUUCAAGAAUAUGAACAUGGCAACGUAUUUCCACUCGUCCAUUGCUGACUAUUAUUUGGGAAUAUGGGGCGGUGGUAAGCCGAAGCCGUUCAAAUUUACGGAAAUCCAGCGACAUAGAUUUAAUCUAACCGAAAAAGAAGGUUCAGCAGAUCGUAAGGUGCCAGUGCAACCAUUAGCAUUUACCAAUAAAGAAGGGACAAUAUCACGAUACAAUCUCCGCAAAUUUGGUGAACUUCCUUACCAUCUCGUACGGUCACGUCGCUUUCAAGACUUGUACGAAAAUGUUCUCUUCAACUAUGAUUGGCUGCAUGCCAAAUUGUCUAGCUGUCCACUCCAAGCUGUACUAGCUGAUUUCGAGGAUGCGUCAAUCAACACGGACGACAAAGAUUCAAGACGAGAACUGAUGUUGGUUGCCGAUGCUCUUCGCCUCGGCGGUGCCAUUUUAGCAAUUUAUCCCAAUAUGCUAGCACCGCAGUUGGUUGGACGUCUGUUACCGGAAAUCGGUGGCAAUGCCAAUAUAAAAAUGUUGCUGAACGCAUGUGAUAACAGCGGGCCGAAGCAUUGCUCAUUGAUUCCGUUGAAUCAUUGCCUUCACACACCCGGUGGUCCUUUGAAAUAUUCUCUGGAAGGACAUCAGUUCGCCGUGUUCGGAUUUGCCCUGACAAAUGAUUUACGGUACAUGGUCUCGAUUUCAACGCGGUUCAUUACGUGGGAUUUGUCCACUUCAGAUUUGACCAGGGAUGUAAAUCCGGGCAUCGAAGGUAUUAUGCAGCAGCUGGUCUUAAGCCCGGAUAAUAAAUGGGCUGCUGCGUAUACCAACAAUAAUCAAAGUGUUCUGCUCAAUAUGUUGUCCAGUGAAUUUGUGAUAAUUAACAAUCCGUUCGAGGAGACGGACGAUGUUACUGGGAUCUAUCUGCUAAACCAAAAUUUAUUCGUCAACACUAAGCGGAAACUGGCACGAUUGGAUAUGAGAGGAAACUUUAUCGAUAUAAAGGAAAUCACGUUCGUCACCGACGAAUGGGAGAUUUUAGCCAUGAAAAUCCGGGACAAUGAAUUUUAUCAUCUAAUGUUCUGGACCGGUUCCAUUAACGAUCCCCGGCUUCGACUAACAACUUAUACGGGAUCGGAAAAUGUCGCUACUGUUGACUUUUACAACACACUAGUGUUUGAUGCUAAAUGGAAUAUAAUUUACUGUUGCCCGUCGCCGGAUAACUGCGAGGUAGUCCAGUUCGAGUACAUAGAAUCCGAGUCGGCCGGUACAGCUUGGCAACAAGUUAAGUCUCUGCCACGAUACAUGGACGAUGAAAAGGAACAACUUUUACAGUUGAAACUCGACAAGGACGAUACGAUGCUGCUUGGAUCGACGGGAAAGGGUUUCGUUGUGUGGGAUUUCAGCGAACGUUUGCCGAACGAAGCCAUUUAUUUGGCACUGCCGCAUGGUGUCCGAAACAUUACCACGAAAAUGAUGACCUCCAAUUCGUUUAUGGUGAGCGCAACACUGAAUUACGCUGUCGCUGGUGUUAGGAAAAGUUUGUACGUUUGGUGCCUUCAAACCAGACAAUUAAUGAAGGUGCUCGAUGCCCAUUUCGGUCGAAUCAUUCAACUGGAAUCGUUGACUAUUGGUAAUUGGAACAGUGUGAUAACGUCUUCGAUUGACCGGUCGGUAAAAAUCUGGAAUAUUAAUAAUAUUUUCGAGCAAGUGCACGUUAUCGAUCGACAUGAGCUUCCCAUCGACACGAUAAGCCUAUCUCAAACGGACUUGGCUGUGACAGUGACCAGAGGCUGUGUUGGCGUGUGGGAAAUUCGUUCGGGUCGACUACUAUCCAAACUGGCCGACAAUCAUUUGGGCGCAAUUGUUACGCAUGCCGAAAUUACGCCCGACGGCAAGCAUAUCGUUUCGUCGGAAACGGGCAAAAUUUUGGUGUGGAAUCGUGUAUCGGAACAGGUUUUGUACAGAGAUGAUCAGCCCGGUAUACAGCAAAUAAAGUUCUUAGACCAUGGCGAGAAGGUUCUGUCGAUAUCUUGUGCUAAUGUAAAUAAAACGUGUGACGAUGAUUCUGGUUUGCUGGCACUGGCACAAGUUCGAUCCCUGCCUGAGGGUGUCUUGCUGUUUUCAUUUGAAUACUCAUUUCGAAUGAUUCCGGGAAUCCCAUUCCGGCAAGCUGUUGUAUCCUCUGAUGGUUCGUACAUAAUUGUUGUAUCGGUUGAUAAAGGAAUGAAGGAUUGUAUCGCCAUUUACAACGCCACAACCGGCAAUUAUUUGCACAAGGUGGCAUUCAAGGGGUGCAGUAUUAAGGAAGUCAUCACCAUAGUACCGCUGCCGCACAAACCGUCUCAAGUGGCUGUGAUUUCGAGUGAAAAGGGAAGCAUUUUCGACAUCAAGUCGAAGAGGCACAUUCGAUCGAUUUUGAAGUGGGGUGGCAGCUGUACCAAGGAUGGAAAAUUUGGACUAUAUGCACCGCCUAGGGGAGGACUUGAACUACUGGAGCUACGUAAAGGAACGACAGUCAAGACGUACAUACCAAAAGUGGCUGAAGGUGUGUUCACUGUGAUAUGUAUGUUCACCGAAGGUGACGAAUACGUUCUGUACUAUCACAGUGGCAAGAAAACGCUGAGAGUGUUCCGUACAUCGGACACUCAAAUGAUAGCCAACUACCGAAUGCAGGCUGAAUUAACCGCAAUUAAGAGUACAACAGAUGGUAAGGGCCUGGUGUUGGGUACGAUCGAUGGUUGUUUAUCUGUAUUGGCUAUUGCCGAUCCCCAAAAUACCGAAAUUUUCAAAUAUUUGGCGGAUCUGCCGUCACGUGACGAACAAUGGAAGAAGAAAUUGGCAAAGGCUAAGGCCAGAAUCCGGUUUAAAGCAACAAUCCGAAUAACACGAUUGUGCAUUCGAUUAUACUGUAACUGUGAAUCGCGUUUGAAGCAAGAGAGCAACGCUGCCAAGCAGCAAAAAGAAGUGUAAAAUGGCAUUAUGUGAUGAACAGAUUCGAUGUAAAAUUAAAGUUAUUUCAAUCUAAA